AUGGGGAAUUUAUUGAACAGCAUAAUUUUUAGGCCACACCCGCCGAGCUACUCGAAGAAUCAGGAGGAUUUGCACUUUUUCGAAACUAAGCAUGGCAGUACGAUAUGCGGGGUUUUCAUUGACAACAAGGCGGACACAACGGUUUUAUUUAGUCACGCAAAUGCAGAAGAUAUAGGAGAUGUGAUGCGCUUUUAUCAGUACCGAUUGAAACAAUUAGGGUUGAAUCUGUUUGCGUAUGACUAUAGCGGGUAUGGGCACAGUUCAGGUUACCCCACGGAAAUGCAUGUGUACAAUGAUGUAGAGGCAGCAUAUGAUUAUUUAGUGAAGCAGUUACGCGUUCCAAGGCACAGCAUAAUAGCAUAUGGUAGGAGUUUAGGUUCAGCUGCAUCUGUUCAUCUAGCAACAAAGACUAAUUUGCUGGGUCUAAUUCUUUCAGCUCCAUUAGCAUCCAUACAUCGGGUGAAGUUAAAAUUAAAAUUUACCUUACCUUAUGAUUCCUUUUGCAACAUUGACAAGGUACACAUGAUUAAGUGUCCCAUUUUGUUUAUCCAUGGCACGAAGGACAAGCUUCUUUCCUAUCACGGUACAGAAGAAAUGAUUCGAAGGACAAAUGUGAAUACCUAUUUUAUGUUUAUAGAAGGAGGGGGCCAUAACAAUUUGGAUAGCUCCUUUGGUAGUAAGGUAAAUGCAGCCUUGGUAACUUUUCUUUAUGUACUUAAAAAUAAUAUUAGAGAAAAUGUAAACAGUGUAUAUGACAUAUCCAAUGUAAACAUGCAGAAGUUAAGGAACAUGUUCAUUAUGAAUAAUGCAAAGAAUAUUAAGGACAAAGUGAAAGAGAGAAACAGGAGAGGCGGAGAGGACAGUGGAGCGUUGACUGCUUCAGCAGAGAGUACAAAUGGAGGACAGUCUGAUAUGAAUAAAGGUACAGGCAGUAAUGAAGUAUUGAACUCCUUUAUGAGUAAUAUGGAAAAAUGGUAUUCUAAUGAGAGUGUGUUUAGGGUUAAGACGAAGGAGUCAGGUUAUGAUUCUUCUCACAGUGCUAGCAGUGUUGUAGGAUCUGUUGAGUCCUGCACGAGAUACAUACCUGACAAUACAUUUUACGAGAGUGACACGAAUAUUACUUUUGAAGACCUUUGGAAGUAUACGCGUGUGAACAAUAACGUAGAUAAAAGUAAAAUGCAUAAUGGCAAGGCGAGCGGCGGUUCGUCUUGUAGCUCUUUGACCAAGCAGAGUGGGACAGGGAGAACUGACCGUACUGUAGUAGGCAAUCGGGCAGGAUACCGGGGAGGUAGUAGAGAACGUUACCCAGAUGGCAGACGAAUCGACAGUAGAGAAGGCAAGGACAAGAACCGCCUGAAGGGAGGAUGUUCAAGUUACGUGUACAACCCUACGAAGAGAGAAAAUGUGACGUCCUCCUCCCAUAUGAGCCACAGUCCAAGCCCUAGCAGCCGCAGCAAUAUCCACAUGGGUAGCGAAAAGGACUUGGCGCAACGAGGGAAUGUGAAUUGCAUGUAUUAUAGCUCAUCAGAAAAAAUGAACUCUAAAAGGUCGAGAGAGAGUAGAAAUGUGUACACGGUGGAUAGGGUGCCAAGGGUUUCCCUGGACAUGAACAAUGCUCUUCCCCCCGUGGAUGAAAGGGGAAGCGGCAGCCUUCAGGGUAGUGACAGAAGCUAUGCACACAGGGAUGGGAAGUGUGAUAACGGAAGGGAGCAGGCAAUGGGGUCGCAUAGAAAUGGGAGGCAAUGUUCGGCGGAGUCAAGAAGAGUGGGAGGUGUAGGUGGAGGAAAAGGAGGAAUGUCCGGGAUGAACACGGGGUCGUACUCGUCACGUGGUCAUGUGAUCCGGGGCAUGAAUAGCGACAAUGACAGGAUGUUUGAAGGGAAGGGUGGAGUAAAUGGGAGCGCAAGUAACGUGAGCCUGGUGAGUGGCGCGUCCAAGGAGAGCAAAGCCAGCAAUGUGAAUAGUGAACCCUCCAAAGGGAGCAAGGUCAGCAGUUCGGAUGCAGCGCCCAAGGACGAGAGAGCCAAUGCAAUGAGCGAGGGGAGGAUUGCAAUCAAAGGAGGAAGCAGCACGAGCGAACAUGCAUACGCGAUUCCCUACUAUUCCAAACGAGGAAACAACAUACGUAAGGAAAUGAAGAACAAAAUAGGCGACAUGAGUAGCCUCAAGUUAAACAGCUACCACGACUUUAUCUACGGAAUUAAGAAAACAAAAUUGUUGAGUUCCCCAACCAGAUUAUGGAGCAUGUAA